AUGCAGUCACCAUAUGAUAAAUUUGGACUUGACAAAAAUACCCAAGAUUUUACUGGUCAUGCAUUAGCACUUUACCUUGAUGACAGCUAUUUGCAGCAACCGGCUAUUCAGACAAUUCAUCGUAUUAAGCUGUAUUCCGACUCGCUUGCCUGGUAUGGUAAGUCUCCAUACUUGUACCAUAUGUAUGGACUUGGUGAGUUGCCUCAAAGUUUUGCACGCCUUUCAGCAAUCUAUUAUGGUACUUAUAUGUUAGACAAACCUAUGGAUGAGAUAGUCCUUGGAGAGGAUGGUAAAGAGGUGGGUGUGCGCAAAGAAAAUGAGAUAUCUAAAUGUAAACAAGUGUAUUGUGCCCCAGCUUAUGUACCUGAUAGAGUUCGCAAGAAGGGUCAAGUUAUUCGUUGCAUUUGCCUUUUAGAUCACCCUAUUGCUAAUAUAAAAGAUGCGUUAUCUACUUAG